AUGUUCAGGUUUGCAGCCGGAGGUGUUUAUGGUUGGACUGGAUACGGUUUCUUUGAUUUCAAUGAUCAUAUAUUCUUGUUAAAAGCACCGAAACGAAUCAUCGUAUCAUACUGUGAUGGCGCUCCACUGAACACAUCUUCGUUGAAUGCUGAACAGUUUUCACCGAAGAAGAAACGUUUGGAGUGCGGUGAUGAGAGCGCAGCACAUGUAAAUGUUGCUAGCGAACAAACACAAGAAAGUAUCGAUAUCGGUGAUGACGACGAUGAAUUGAUUAAAACGUGGUCGAAUGUUACAUAG